AUGGAGGCAUACCAGUACGAGAUCCCAGUCAUGAUGCGCAUGGCGGUGGACCAAUCAGGGAAGGAUGUUGAGGUAAGUGUGCUUGAAUGCUGCAUGAUGAUCCCUCCUACUUUGUUCAACAUCUUUUCACUUCCUUCGACAUACUUUUACAUUCCACGUCGGGUUUCUUUAUCAGUUUCCCCCAUUUCCUCCCUCCCUCCCUCCCUCCCUCCCUCCCUCCCUCCCUCCCUCCCUCCCUCCCUCCCUCCCUCCCUCCCUCCCUCCCUCCCUCCCUCCCUCUCCCCCUCCCUCCCUCCCUCCCUCCCUCCCUCCCUCUCUCUCCCCCUCCCUCCCUCUCCCCCUCCCUCCCUCCCUCCCUCCCUCCCUCCCUCUCCCCCUCCCUCCCUCCCUCCCUCCCUCCCUCUCUCUCCCCCUCCCUCCCUCCCUCCCUCUCUCUCCCCCUCCCUCCCUCCCUCACUCACUCACUCACUCCGCCCCUCCCCCCACCCAGACUCUCAUUCCCCAUCAACCCUCAUUCCCCGCCAGUCACCACGGGCAUCAGUGGAGCGAGUGAGGAAGGCGCUAGAAGCUGCAUUCUCAUGUUCAACCUAA